GAGACAUAGGAGGCGUCGUUUCAGUGAAAACAUGAGUUUGGUGGAUGUGAGGCAGACGGCCGGGUCCCUGACACUGCCCCUGUCCAGCAUCAACUCCAAGGAAUGCCACUUUGACCCAGAGAGCGACCCGGAGCACCACCUUCGCAGCAGGACCCUGUCACCGGAUCUGAGGCAGGACUUCAGUAUGAUGGAGCAGAAGAAACGGGUCACCCAGAUCCUGCAGAGUCCAGUGUUUAAAGAUGAGCUGGAGGGGCUGAUCCAGGACCAGCUGACAAAGGGCAACAACCCCUCUGGCCUCCUGGCUCUGAGACAGAUCGCUGACCUGGUCAUGGCCAGCACCGUGGGAGGGGCUGGCCCCUUGACGUCUCCCAUCAGCUUUGGAAUGGUGACUCCAGUCAAUGAUCUGUACAGCACUGAGACUCCCUCCUUCGCCAAAGGGGAGAAGCAGAGUCGCUGCAAGCUGGCCACCCUCUACAGGCUCGUUGACCUCUUCAGCUGGGCUCAUUUUACAAGCUCCUACAUCACUGUGCGUGUCAGUAAAGAGCAGGAUCAUGUUCUUAUCAGUCCACAAGGUCUCUCGUUUGCUGAGGUGACAGCAGCAAAUCUGGUGAAAGUAAACAUAAUUGGCAAUGUUGUGGACCAGGGUUCUACUGAACUGGGCAUCGACCAUUUUGGAUUUGCUCCUCAUGCUGCCAUUUACUCGAUGCGCCCCGAUGUGAGAUGUAUCAUCCAUAUACACACCCCAGCUACAGCUGCUGUGUCCUCCAUGAAAUGUGGAAUCCUGCCCAUUUCCCAGGAGGCUUUGCUUCUGGGAGACGUGAGCUGCUUUGGUUACCAUGGCAGCCUGGAUAAUAAAGAGGAGAAGGUGGAGUUUCAGAAAGCACUGGGCCCGACUGCCAAGGUGAUGAUCCUGAGGAACCAUGGGCUGCUGGCUUUAGGAGAAACAGUAGAAGAAGCUUUUCACUAUGUGUACCACUCACAGCAAGCCUGUGAAAUCCAGGUGAAUUCUCUGAGGUGUUCAGGCGGCGCGGACAAUCUUGUGCUCCUGGACAAGGAGAAGUUUAAACCUCUGACCCAGGGAGUGGCUGCUGCCGGGGUGGUGAUAGACAACCAGGUCAAGUGGAAGGUGGGCGAGGCUGAGUUCGAGUCUUUCAUGAGGAUGCUGGACAACCUGGGCUACAGAACAGGUUACUCGUAUCGGAACCCGAUUGUCCGUGAAAAACCUCGCUCCAAGAACGACGUGGAGAUCCCAGCCACUGUAUCCGCCGUGCCGACUGAGGACGGCGAGCUGGAUCUGCGCAGCCCCUUAAAGUUUAUGGUGCAGAAACAGCAGAGGGAAAGGACCCGGUGGCUCAACUCACCCAACAGCUACUUGAAGGUCAACGUCCCUGAACAGUCGCCCAGCGGGGACGUCAGCCCCAGGUCCAAAAUCACAUGGAUGAAGUCUUCACAGCCAGGCAACAGCGUUGGCACCCCAAUAAAAAUCGAGGACCCUAACCAGUUUGUCCCACUUAACACUAAUCCAUCUGAGGUUUUGAGUAAAAGGAACCGGAUUAAGGAGCAGCACAGAGGGGAUCUGAUGACUGCAGGACCCAAGUCACAGUUACUAGCAGGCAUUGUUGUGGACACCAUCCCAGGACCAUUUGUAAAGCAGUAA